AUGUACCUCCUCUCGGACCGACCGUCUAUCGAUCAAGGCGACAAGCUCCACCUCGUGGGACAGUACCUCAAGAUCUCUGGAUACUUCAAGGGUAUGUCUUUUCCCCCCAAGCUCAUCGAGGACUACUAUAGGUCAAGGCGCACAAGAAGCUGUGGUCCCAGGCGGAGGCGAGGUAUGGAGGUCUUCACGGGGUCCUGGGCCCUUAAAUCUUCGGGUGCGGGUAGGAUAUCAUGUACAAGUAGAAUAA